GUAAUACCUACUCUCCUCCGAUCCAUUCACCACACAACUUCAGCCGGCUGAGCAGACUCACGCAGCUCCGGCACAUCUUGCUAACCUAAUUCAGAAAACAAGUGCUACAGCUCUGUGCCUGUCAUCUUCACUCAGUGUAGCGUUUUCAGGUGAUCUAGGAAAUGGUUAUUUUUAUGAGCAAAUAAGAGAAACAGGAAUCAUGAUGGGGAUGUAUUUAACAGACCUAGUACUGGAUAAAACUUAAAGCCAGUUUCUAUUCAACAUAGUGAAAAGGUCACCUUGCCUGGCUGAGAAAGAAGCAAAAUAUCAGCUUGUUGGUUUCUGUUAACCUCUUAGCUCGGGCUAGCCUCAUUUCCUUGAUGUUCAAACCAAUUUGGGAUAUCUAACUAUAAAGAGAGACACACUGUACUCAUGGUAGAUGACAAGGAAAAGAACAUGAAAUGUCUCACCUUCUUCUUGAUGCUUCCAGAGACGGUAAAGAACAGGUCCAAGAAAAGCUCGAAGAAAGCAAAUACCAACAGCAGCAGCAGCAACAGCAGCAGCAAGUUGCCCCCCGUUUGUUAUGAAAUAAUUACCUUGAAGACUAAAAAGAAGAAGAAGAUGGCUGCUGAUAUAUUUCCCCGUAAAAAGCCAGCUAACUCCAGCGGCACCACUGUCCAGCAGUACCACCAGCAGAAUCUCAGUAACAACAACCUUAUACCGGCCCCAAAUUGGCAGGGUCUUUACCCCACCAUUAGAGAAAGAAAUGCGGUAAUGUUCAAUAAUGAUUUGAUGGCAGAUGUACAUUUUGUGGUCGGGCCACCAGGUGGGACUCAGCGGUUGCCAGGACACAAAUAUGUUUUAGCUGUUGGGAGCUCUGUGUUCCAUGCGAUGUUUUACGGAGAACUUGCUGAGGACAAAGAUGAAAUCCGUAUACCAGAUGUCGAACCUGCUGCUUUUCUCGCUAUGCUGAAAUAUAUCUAUUGUGAUGAAAUUGACUUGGCUGCAGACACAGUGCUGGCCACACUUUAUGCUGCCAAAAAGUACAUUGUCCCUCACCUUGCCAGAGCCUGUGUUAAUUUCCUGGAGACCAGCCUGAGCGCCAAGAACGCCUGUGUGCUCCUUUCCCAGAGCUGCCUGUUCGAGGAGCCAGACCUGACCCAGCGUUGCUGGGAGGUAAUUGAUGCUCAGGCUGAGUUAGCUCUCAAGUCUGAGGGAUUCUGUGAUAUCGACUUCCAGACACUAGAAAGUAUCCUCCGUAGGGAAACUCUGAAUGCCAAAGAAAUCGUGGUUUUUGAGGCAGCUCUCAACUGGGCUGAAGUAGAAUGCCAGCGACAAGAUCUAGCAUUGAGCAUUGAAAAUAAACGCAAGGUCCUAGGAAAGGCACUUUACUUGAUCCGCAUACCCACAAUGGCCCUCGAUGAUUUUGCAAAUGGUGCUGCACAGUCCGGAGUAUUAACUCUCAAUGAGACCAAUGACAUCUUCCUCUGGUAUACUGCAGCCAAAAAGCCCGAGCUACAGUUCGUGAGUAAAGCCCGAAAGGGCCUUGUCCCUCAGCGCUGUCACCGUUUCCAGUCAUGUGCCUAUCGGAGCAACCAGUGGCGCUAUCGGGGUCGCUGUGACAGCAUCCAGUUUGCAGUUGAUAAAAGAGUGUUUAUCGCUGGCUUUGGGCUGUAUGGUUCCAGCUGUGGCUCUGCAGAAUACAGUGCCAAGAUCGAACUCAAGCGGCAGGGCGUUGUCCUGGGGCAGAACUUGAGCAAGUACUUCUCAGAUGGCUCUAGCAAUACCUUCCCAGUGUGGUUUGAGUACCCGGUGCAGAUUGAGCCAGACACCUUCUACACAGCCAGUGUGGUACUGGAUGGCAAUGAACUCAGCUACUUUGGGCAAGAAGGCAUGACAGAAGUUCAGUGUGGCAAAGUGACAGUCCAGUUUCAGUGCUCCUCAGAUAGCACCAAUGGCACUGGGGUACAAGGAGGGCAGAUUCCUGAACUUAUAUUCUAUGCUUGAAAACUCACUUCCCCAAACAGUGUGAGCUCUGAGGUGUACAUCUGGUCCCUACUUGCUUGAUGCUUAGCUAAUCUGCAGAUAUGUGAUCAACGCAGGUAAUUUGUAAUGAAUGAAGCGGUAGGCAGUUUCUAAUUUCCUUCAACCUUUUAAUUAUGUACAGGCAAAAAUGCAGCAUUCCGCUUUUAACUAUAUGCUUAAAAGAGCCAAGUUCUUACUAAGGCUUUGCGAUUUUUUAGAGUUGUGUCUAUGUACCUGGGGAGAUUUUGUGCUCUCCAAGUGUUCCACUGACCUCCCAGUUUUGUCCCUCUGAAGGUAAUUUUGGAUCACCCUGAAUUUCCUUUUGGACUUUAUUUGAUAAAUAGAAACAAAUAGUCUAAAAUAAUAAGAGUUAUUUUUGAACAGAACCCCUCUACUCUGAAAAAAGCAGAUAAACCUCAGUGUACAAUUCUGAAAGAAGUUUUGCUUUGUGAUAAGUAAUAAUGUAUAAAGUAGACAUUAGUCAUGUUUGGCUUUUAUUUUAUUCCUUUUAAAUUUGUCUUCUGGGAUUUUUUUUUCAAUCCUAAAUUCAUAAUAUUGUUACAUAUUAAAUGCUUCAAAGUAUCAGUGUAAAAUAGGAAAAUAAGAAAUUGGGCAUUUGUUUAGGUUGUGAGUUCUACAGAUUUAUAUUCUUUUAGUUUAGAAGACAAAAUAUUGCAAUACGGACACCUCUUUUAGAAGUAACUAAAUUAUAAAAUUUUAUUGUCAACUGAAAAAAGUUACAGUCCUACUAAUUUAAACUAAAACAGUUUGAAAAGGAAACGUAAAAAAGUCCCUUACUACAAAUAGCUUAAUUGAUUUCAUAUUAGAAUACACAAAUUGAAAAAGCCAAACUUUUUUCUCUCUACUUAGCCUUCGAUCCCCACAGUUUGCUUGUUUUUAUAAGUUGUACUGUAUAGAAUUCUAUUCCUUUAUUCCCCCUUAAAAGGACCAAACAAUUCUUUAUAUGAAUGGAGUAACAAUUAGUUUUGUAGCACUACAUGUUAAUGUGAUAAGAUAUUUUGUUCUUUUUUUUUUUUUGUCUGAAAUAUAUUUUACCUGAUCUACUUUGACCAUAUACUCUUUUCUUUGUGAAUUAUAAUUCUGUCCUGUUCCCUGGACUGCUAGAAUCUGGCCUCUGGCCAUUGUAAAGUGCCAACAUAUGCCUGCAAGGUUUUCAAAAAAUGGUCUGGAGCAACACAUUUGAUUAUACCUAAUAUUCACUGCAUCGGCAUCACAUCCAGCUUUCUUACUUGUCCACGGAUAAUGUAAACAAAGGAGGGAAAAGCUCAUUAAAAAGUUCUCCUUCACUGAUGGCUUAUGUUGGUUUAGUGCCUGUGACCCUGGCAAUGUCCAAUGUGUUCACUUCCAGCUGAAGUAUCCAUGUGUUUCUGGGCAGCUUUUCUGCUCAGUGUGAUCCUGAGAUGGCUUCCCCCCGCCACCCAGAGUGUGGUCCCUGGCCGCCUCCUUCUCCUGCUCUGCAAGCCUGAAACUGGCUUGUCUGGAGCCAGGGGUUAGUCCUGGGGUGUGUGUGUGUCUGCGCGCCACCGUGCGCAUGCAAGUGUGUUUGCCAACUCAGGAAUUGUCUCCUCCCUGCCUGGCUACUGAGAGGUGGGACAGUAAUGGUCCUCCUGCUGGCCCCAGCAAAGCCCAGCGAGUGACUGGCCUUACUUAUUCACUGUGUUUCUGGGCCACUUCCCCUGUAGACGUGGGCUUGCUGCCUUCAGCCGGCUUCCCUGAGGGAGGAAAACACUGGAUUAGGGGAAAUGUUUUAAUCACUUUUGCCAUUACCUAUGUCUGUUAGCAUAGAUGAUCAAAAGCUGUUACUGGUGAUUACAGAUGAAAUGAGUACUCCCAGAACAACUUUCCAAAAUUGUCUAAUGAAUAUUUCUUAUUUAAGGAGAUUAUAGGUAGUAGUUUUGGCAAAGCUGAAAUCGAUGAAAUAAAGGCAUAUUUUCAAAUUAAAAAAAUACUUCUACAAAGGCUUCUGUUUUUAAAUUAUGGUUAAACCUUUCAGUAACUCAUAGCUACCAUGCAAAUUGGUAGACCUGAUUAGAAGGCACUCUUUGUAAGCCAGAGGGAAAGAAACUGUAUUUAGCGCUAAUUUUAUGCUAUCAGAUUGUUGAGGUGGGCGUGAGAGCCUUAGAGGGAAGAUCGUUCAUUCACUAACACUCACCGUCAUUGCUCCUGUUAGCUAACUUCCUCCAUGUGACUAGGGAACUGCUGGUGAAAGCCACAUGAGAUCCUGUACACUGGGUAUUAUAGAAGAACUUACUUUUAUGUUAAUUACUAUUAUUUAAAAAAAAAAAGACACAUACACCAUCUUAUUGGCUGGUGCCUACAACUGAGGGUAAAAUUUGAAAAUUGUAUUUAGAAUAAGAAAUUUUACAUUCAAAACCCUAUUCUCCCUUCUGCAUUUUUAGCAAAGUGGACUGAAGAUUAAUGUGCUUGCUUUAUUUUCUUUUGUAAUUUUGAAUUUUGUAGCUUUUAAAACUAGAAACCAUUGUUCUAACAAGGCAGGCAGUUCUAAUGUAUAAACACAACUUUAUUAAACAGAAUAUGCUAUAGAUGCUUUUCCCAAUGUACCUGGCAGUCUUUGUCAUUGUUCCUACUAGGGAUAAAGGGGAACUAGGCUAGCAGUUCUAAUGUAACAUUCUUUAAGCAUAUCUUAAAAUAGUAUUUAAGUAAAUGGUCUAAUUUCUACAUAAUUGCACUGAACUGUCAUUUUUGUUUUUUAAGGUGUUUAAAUAAGCUCAGCUAAUUCAAGACACUGUGGCCACUUGUGCGUCAGUGUGCUUGGAUUUAGUAGCUUACAGCAUUAUUUAUGAAGGAAAAAUAUAUAAAUAUGAAGUACCUCAUGUUGAAUGUUAUUGUACUGUAUUUUUAAUGUAACAGUGCAGAUCUUGUUAGACACCUGAAUGUGUAUAAUCAUGUUAAAUGCAAAUAAAGUAAAACUAGUUCAUAGA